AUGGCGGGCUCAUCGAGCUCCAUCCACGGCCUGACCGGCAAGGCCUUGCUCAUAUUUGUUUCGUUGGGAGUCUUCCUCUUCGGAUAUGAUCAAGGCGUCAUGUCGGGCAUCAUCACCGGCCCGUAUUUCAUCGACUACUUCAACCACCCGUCGAAAGCCGAGGUCGGGACUAUGGUCGCCAUCCUCGAAAUCGGAGCCUUCAUCUCGUCUCUCGUUGUUGGCCGCGUCGGUGACAUCAUCGGCCGUCGACGUACAAUCUUGUACGGUUCCUGCAUCUUCUUCGUGGGAGGAGCAUUGCAGACGCUGGCAACGUCAAUGGCAAUGAUGAUGCUGGGACGAAUCAUUGCCGGCAUUGGCGUCGGCAUGCUUUCCACCAUUGUGCCUGUCUAUCAAUCCGAAAUCUCCCCGCCUCACAACCGUGGCAAGCUUGCCUGUAUCGAGUUUUCCGGCAACAUCAUCGGCUACACGACGUCCGUCUGGGUCGACUAUGGCUGCGGAUACAUUGAGAGUAACCUCUCGUGGCGCAUUCCGCUCAUGAUGCAGUGUAUCAUGGGCGCCCUUUUGGGACUGGGAAGCUUGAUCAUUGUGGAGUCGCCCAGAUGGCUCCUGGACAAUGACCACGAUGAGGAGGGCAUGGUCGUCAUCGCGAACCUUUACGGUGGCGGUGAUAUUCACAACGCCAAGGCCCGCGAUGAGUACCGCGAGAUCAAGAUGAACGUCCUCCUGCAGCGCCAGGAGGGCGAGCGGUCGUACUCUGAAAUGUUCCGACGGUAUCGCACACGAGUCUUCAUCGCAAUGUCUGCCCAGGCCCUUGCGCAGCUCAACGGCAUCAACGUCAUCUCCUACUACGCCCCUUAUGUGUUCGAGUCUGCCGGCUGGGUUGGCCAUGACGCUGUCCUCAUGACUGGUUUGAACGGCAUCACGUAUUUCCUCUCCACCAUCCCGCCGUGGUAUCUCGUUGAUCGAUGGGGCCGACGAAUGAUUCUCCUCACCGGAGCUAUAUUCAUGGCCAUCUCCCUGUCUCUCAUCUCAUACUUCCUCUAUCUUGACGUCAAGUGGACGCCUAGGAUGGUGGUUCUGUUCGUCAUGAUAUACAAUGCUGCCUUUGGUUACUCAUGGGGACCCAUUCCCUGGCUCUACCCUCCCGAAAUCCUGCCUCUCAGCAUUCGAUCCAAGGGUGCCAGUUUGUCGACAGCGACGAAUUGGGCUUUCAACUGGCUCGUGGGUGAAAUGACACCGAUUCUGCAGGAGUGGAUCAAAUGGCGCCUGUAUCUCGUCCACGCCUUCUUCUGCGUUGCCAGUUUCGUCAUUGUUUACUUCAUUUACCCAGAGACAUGCGGAGUUCGCCUCGAGGACAUGGACUCCAUCUUUGGUGAUGCCAGCACGGUAGCGACACCCUCCAUCCAUGCCGAAACCGGGUCUCUCAUCCGGGGUGGAUCGCCCAUUGGAUCCGGGCGUACGCCGUUCCGGUCAACGACGCCCAUUCCCAGCCUUACUCUUGACCCGCCUGAUAUCAAUGAUGGCAAGGCUGCCCAGGGUGGUGGUGACGACCGAAGCAUCAGCGGAUGGCUAUCUAGGGUCGUUAACCGUGGCGGCUCGGGCAGUCCAAGCAGUGGGCAAGGGCGGUACACCCCUCUCGGUCAGCAAGAAGACGAGGGCCGGGACAACUGA